AGUAUGAAAAGAAUCACUCGAAGAGUUCAGACGUAAAAUAAACUCACUCCAGUAAAUAAACUCGUGGAAUUAAUUGAAUUAAUAAACUAAAGUAUGAUUUGGUUAGUACUAGUAAUUACAGUUGUGGCUUUGAUAGCUAUUAUGAGGAGGAGGAAGGAUGUAGAGAGGAGAAAAUAUUUUGAAUCGAAGGGCAUUAAAGCUAAUAAGCCAGGAUUGUUUCUCGUUACGAUGUACAAAUUAAUCAUGAAGAAGUUGGGAAUUGUAGAUAUAAUUGAAGGCAUGUACAAUGAGUAUCCGGAAGAUGACAAAGCCGUUGGUUUUUGGGAUGGAGAUACUCCAAUAAUUGUUCUGAAAGAUCCAGAUAUUGUGAAACGGUUUUGUGUAAAGGAGUUUGAGCAUUUUCAAGACCGUAGAACUUUUAUGUCAGAUGGAAUGGAUCCACUGUUUGGGAACUCUUUAUUUGUCCUAAGGGAUCAGAAAUGGAGAGAUAUGAGGGCAACCCUAAGUCCUGCUUUUACAGGCAGUAAAAUGCGCCUAAUGUGUGAUCUUAUUGUAGAUAUCGGAGUUCAAAUGGCAGAGUUUUUGCAAAAAGAGGCAAAAGAGAAGGGACCGCAAACUUACGAAAUGAAGGAUCUCUACUCCAGAAUGGCCAAUGAUGUCAUCGCAACCUGUGCCUUCGGGAUAAAUGUGGAUUCCUUGAAAAAUAAAUCCAACGACUUCUUCUUGACAGCUAAGAUUCUCACUGAUUUCAGUAGUACAGGCAAAAUGUUGCGUAUGUUGCUAUAUUGGAUGCUUCCUAAAUUCUCCGAUGUUAUUGGACUAAGAUUAAAUCCGGAAAAAGAAUCAAAUUUUUUCAGAAGCUUAGUUACUGAUGCCAUGAAGUACCGAGAGCAACAGAAUAUCAUACGUCCUGAUAUGAUCAACCUUUUAAUGGAAGCCAAGAAGGGAAAGCUCAACCAUACUAAAACCGAAAAGGACACCGCAGGUUUUGCUACAGUUGACGAGUCAAGUGCCCAUUGGAAAAAAUCCGAUCGAACUUGGUCAGAGACAGAAAUGGUUGCUCAGUGUUUCCUGUUUCUUCUCGCGGGAUUCGAAACAAUGUCUUCUGUUUUAAGUUUUACAGCCUAUGAAAUUUGCGCUAACCCAGAUGUUCAGGAAAGACUCUACGAAGAAAUUAGAACUGUAAAUGAAAAUUUAGACAACCAGAAGAUGAAUUAUGAGACUCUGAAUAAGAUGAAGUACCUGGACAUGGUGAUUUCGGAAUCACUAAGAAAAUAUCCUCCUGCAGUUGUUGCUGAAAGGGAAUGCAAUAAAGAUAUUACACUGGAUCUCUUCGAGGGUGUUCCUUUCGAAUUUAAGAAAAAACAUGUCUUGUGGAUUCCAAUCUAUUCUCUUCACUGGGAUUCUAAAUACUUCCCCAAUCCUGAAAAAUUCGAUCCUGAUCGCUUUAGUGAUGAAAACAAAUCGUCAAUCAAUCCAAAUGCCUAUAUUCCAUUUGGAGUUGGUCCGAGGAAUUGUGUUGGUAAGUGA